AUGCUGGCCAGGACCGCCCGGGACAAAUUGUAUGGUAGUCUUGAGGAUGGGAAUUUUGUCCCAGAUAGCAUGGUUCCUGGAUUAAGCCCCGCUGCCCCUCCUCGGAGCAGACAAAACGGCGCCAUGCUCUCUGACAUAGAUGAUUCUAUGCAGUUUGGUGGUCAACGCGAUCCUCCUCAAAUGUACCAAGGAUUACACCAGGCGAGCAUGAGCCGCAAGGGAGGCAUACCUCUUCAAUCAUCCAAAUUUAGUGGUGACCCUUCACCGAAUCCCAUGUGGCCUUCAGCUCAACCCUUGCCACCUGGUUUGGCUAACUUAGGUGGGCGACCGCAUGGGCCUGCUCAAUUCGUGAAUUUGGCAACGGCUAUCCCCGUUGGGCUACGCGGUACGGUGCUUAACACUUCCCUCCGCGAGGUGUUGUCCUCACCGUCCCCGUGGAGGUUAUGGUAUGUUUCUGUUGAUGCAAUGGAGUUGUUCUGUAUAUUAUUGCUUGCGGAAGUCAUUCUCAUCUGGCGUCUUAUGCCAUAUACCACCGAUCUAAGCCCCUACUUUAUGUUCUGCUGGGGUUGUUCCUACCGAUCAUCGCGAUCUAUAUAG